AUGAAGAGUUUUUUUCACCUAAAUAUAGACUUGGAUAAAAGGAGUUAAUUUUGUAACAAAUAAAUUAUAAAAUGGAAACUUUUAAAAUUCGGAAGUAAUCCUUAAAGUUGA